AUGUAUUUCAUUGGUGAAGCUUUUCAAGCGAAAAUUGCUACUUGGGGAAUCCAUGAUGGCGGAACCACUAGCAAGUAUGCGACUGCAAAUGCAAUCUGUGAACGAAUGCAUUUGACCGUGGCCAGCAUUUUGCGAACCAGAUACAACAAUGCUGCUCCAAACUUUCAAGUCGCUGUUGAAGAAAUCAAGCGAGCUCUUGCUGCUUGCAAUCAUGCAAUGAGAUGUGCUGUAUCAACAGCAUUGAUGAACAAUACUCCUGGUGAGACUGUGUUUCAUCGUGACAUGCUACGAAACAUUCCUCUAAUUGUCGAUCUACUUUCUAUGCAGCAAAAGAGACAGUACAAGAAAACUUGA